AUGGUGCUCCGUUGCUACAGUCGCAGGCAUGUUGUGCCCGCUUUUCGCGCGGCUCGACGCCAGCUCACAACCGGCUUGCCUUUGAGCGCUGCACACACCAACAUCCCUUCAGACCAAUCCAAAGCCACUUCUGCAGGCGCCCUCUCACAAUCUCGUCGUGUCGGCCGAGCAGGGCAUCAGCACGAAAGCUGGUCUUUCUUCUUUCCGGACCAUCUCUCCUGGACCAAGAGACCCUCCGCGCCUCGCGCCUCACAUCCACUCGUCAAAAAGCUCAUCUCCGAGAUCUACAGCACCGAUCGCGAGCCUUCGGCCAACCGCGCUUGGAAAGCAUACACGGAUCUCAAGGAAGCUUCCGGCGCUCACGCUGUCGGCCAAUCCUCCGAAUCCUUCACCGCACUUCUCACGCAGCUGGAGCCAGCUCACCUGCAGCAGCUUCUCCGCGCCAUCGACCCUGCCGUGGCUACGUCCAGAAAGCUCGCUCGCGCCGAGGGCAAGCACUUUCAAAGUCUGCAGCAGAAGCAGCAGGUCCUGACUUCGGGUCUCGCUCCCACCAAGAUCCUGGUCGAACCACAAACCUCGAGAAAGUCCGCCAAGACCUUUGAUGCCCAGCAUCCCGUGCGCGAGUACAUGCGCAGGGUUCACAUCAUCUUCCGCGACAUGCGUCUGCACUCCUCGGUCGUGCCUACCACCAGCUCUGCCACCGACUCUCUUCCAAGUCUCGACGACUACAACCACGUCCUCGCCCGUCUCGCCACUGGCGGUCACAUCGGUCCCAUGUCGGCUAUCUGGAACGAGCUCUCCGGUGUCACGCUCAAGUCGGGCACCAAAGGUCUUCACCCCAACCGCCACACGUACAGGGAGCUCAUGAUCGGCCUCAGCCGCCACGCCACCGAACAGAUCGAAAGAGUGCAGAAGAACGAAGCCUCCAAAACCUUUGACUACUCGGGCAAGAAGAGGCAGCUCGAAAAAUCCGCUCGCGCCGCUGCUGCCGGCAUGGCCAAGUUCGGCCAGAUCCUCGCUCCGUCCGCCAGGGCAGCAGCCAUCCUUGCCGCGCUUCGCACCAUGGCGCUUCUCAAAGACAUGAAGGAUCACGGCGUCACCCCUAAUCAGAUCACACUCGACUUUGCCGCCAGGACGCUGCGUCUCGCCGGUCACACCGAUGGCCUUCACAUGCUCAUGCACGAUGCAUACGGCAUCGACUUGGCCUCUGCCGAUACUGCAGACACCUCGUCCACCGAGCUCGCACCGACUACACACACGCUCAACACGAUCCUCAUGGCUCUCGGUGAGCAGGCAAGCGUUCCAGAGAUGGUAGCCGCAUUCGAGACUCUGGCCAAGCCUUUGCCGGUGGCCUCGACCGGGACAGAUGCCACCUCGUCAGGCGAAGGUCUCUUCUCGACAAAGUGGAAGGACAUCUUCAGCAGCAUGCGCAACCGCGAGUCGGAGGCCGAUCAGCCCGGCAAUGUGCAAGACGAGGCCGACAUCCCGGACGUCUUUCCAUACACCUUUCCACACAGGAUCCAGCCCAACACCAAGACAUUCCAGAUCCUGCUCCGACAUUGCUGCGCCGAGGUGGAUCCGCUGCGCUCGCCCGUGGCGCUCAAAAACGAAGCUGGAGGCUCGGUGGCCGCGCUUGCCAUGGAGUCCACCCAGCUCGCGCUUGCCGAGAUGCAGGACGGCGGGCCCCGUGCUGCCGAGAUGGAGCGCAGGACCAAGGGCGCCUACUCGCUCUUUGCCAGGAGCUUGCUCUCGGAGGCGGUCGGCCGCUCCGAGGAGCUGCUGCACUCGACUGCGCGCAGCCUCGGCAUCGAUCUGCAGCAGCGGGACGUGUUGGCGGAGGCUGCGGCAAAGGAGGUAGAAAGCAGCGGCGACCGGGACGUCGCAGAGGCCACACAGUUGCGACCGGAGUAUCAGCGCGUUUCGGUCAUUCCCGGCCGGGCGAUGGACACCGACUUCCAUCCCAUCUACGAAGCUCCAUCGUUCUCUGUCACUGCGUUGAUGGUCGAGCCCUUCUUCUCGCUCGCAUCGGCGCGCAGAAACAUCGGUGAUCUGCGCUGGGUCCGAGGUAUGCUGUCCAAGGCCCUCGAGAUCAAGAUUGCCGAGACUCAGGUCAUCGAUGCCGCAUGGCGGGUGUAUCGCUCGCGCUUUUCAAAGACGCGUCAAAACACUUCUGCUGCGCCAGCAUCGGCAGGAGAACAUGCGUCGGCUGAAUCCGACAGCUCAGCUUCGCUCCAGUCGAAUGGCCAGGGCCGUGCGGAGGUGUCGGCCUUCCUCCAAAGGCUGCGACAGCAGCACCGCAUUGCAGCAAAACACGCCCAGUCGCUCGAGCAGCUGCUCUACGACCGACUCGACGAACGCCUGCACGACCUCUCGGCACGCAGGGACGCAAAGCAGCAGCAGCGUCAGCGCGCCUUCCGCGAACGUCGCCUCGAGGCAGAACAGCAGAAGCUCGAAGAGCAGGAACGCGAAGCAGCCAGGAAGGCUCAGGCGGCGAAGGCCCGAAGGCUGCGAGCGCUCCAGAAGGAGCAGCAGCAGAACCCUUCUGCCGACGGCUCAAGCACCCAUUUGGACGCUGCUUCAUCCGCCACCGCCAGCCGAACCACCGACUCUAUCCGUGCAUCUUCACCUGUUGCUUUGAACGGCUUUGCACCGACCUGCCGUUUCAACGUUCCGUCCGCAACCUCGGCGCCCGACUGGUUCAGCAAGCAAGUGCCUCCGCAAUCGUCCAACACAGCAGUCAAGAUGGCCGACGCCGAGGCAGCCGAGCGUGCUGCCAAGGCCGCUCGAGCACGUGCUAAGCUCAAGAAGCACCAAGCGCAGAAGAAGGCAGCGGCUGAAGCUGAAGCCGAAGCUGCGCAAACUACGAGCGACAAGGAUGCGGACAAUGCUGAUUCUCCGGCUCCGACCGCCUCGAACGGCGCUGCUGCGGAAGAGGAGUCGGCAGAAUCUGCCGUCAGUCCUGAGGAGAAGGCUGGAUCCAGCUCCCAUCAGAAUGCCGAGCUCAAAAAUGCUCAAAGCGAGGUCAAAUCCCUCACAAAGCAACUAGAGAGCACAAGAAAGGAGCUACAAACAGCGACUGAUGCGUCGUCAUCGCUCCAGCAUCAGCUCAAGGAGACUGAGGAGAAAUCCAAAACAUCGGUCCAGGCGGCGGAAGAAUCCAGCACAGUCCAGAUUAAGAAGCUCGAGCAUGACCUGCAAGCCCAGCAAGCCAAGGCGGCUGACCUGGAAAAGGAUCUACAACAGCAGCGCGAUGGGCUCAAGAAGGCCGAGGAGAAGGCCAAGCAGUCCGGCGAACGCAUCGCUGCUCUCGAAGCAUCUUUGAAAGACGGUGCAACCUCGGAAACAUCCCUCAAGAAUCGCAUCGGCAAAGUUGAAGCUGACCACAAGCAGGCUCAGGAUCGCGCAUCAAAGCUCGAGAAUGAUCUCGGCGAAUCUCGGAAAGCAUUGGACAAAGCCACCGGCGAUGCGAAGGAUGCAGCAGUCAAGCUGAAAGAAACCGAAGCCAAGAUGGCGACCGAAACCAAGGCUGCGCAAAAGCUCGAAGAAGACAGGUCAAAGCUGCAGCGUGAGGUAGAAGAACAAAAGAAGCAAGCAGACCAGCUUCGUAGCAGCGUCGAGACCAAGGACAAGGCGAUACAAGAUCUGCAAAGUAAACUCGACGAUCCAAGCAAGUCCAACCAGAUCGCGGCGCUAUCCCAGCAACUGCAAGAAUCCAACGCAAAGAUCUCGAGCUUGGAAUCUGGGUUGGCUGAGAAGGACAAGAGCCUCAAGAGCUCAGCCUCGGACAGCGACCGACUGUCGAAGCAACUUGCUGAUCUCGAGAAGAAGGCCAAGGCCGCCGAAUCCAACGCGUCAACGCUCGAGGGCAAGCUGAAAGAGUCGACCGACCGCGAAGCCAAGGCCAAAGCGAGCCUUCAAGAAGCCGAGGCCAAGAGCACCAAGUUUUCGGCGGAGCGCGCCGAGCUCGAAAAGAAGCACGGCGAGGCUGAAGCGGAUGCCAAGAGCUGGAAGGAGAAGGCGGAGAAGCACUCAGCCGCUCUUGCUAAGGCCGAACAGGAUGCAGCAAACGUUCAAGACAAGGCUGACGCCAAGGAUAAGGAGCUGACGACCCUGCAAGCUCAGAAGCAGAAGCUGGACGACGAGCUGUCCGAGACCAAGAGCAAAAUCGAGUCGCUCACCAAGCAGCAAGCCGCCUUGGAAGCCGCGAAGGCAGAGGCGAUCGGCAACUCGAAGGAGCUGGACAAGAGCCACGCUUCGCAGAUCUCGGAGCUCGAUAGCAAGAUCAAGCAGCUUGAAGACCAGGCCAAGAAGGACAGUGUUGCGGCGACAAAGCUUUUGGAUGACGCUAAGAAGCGUGGCGACGAAUCCAGCAAGUACGCCGAAGAUCUCGAUGCAUCCUUGAAGGAGUCUCAGGCCAAGGUCAAGGCCUUGGAGGGUCAACUGCAGGAACGCGAUGGCAAGCUUGCCAAGGCCGAAGAUCAGCAUGCGAGCACUCAAAAGGAGCUCGGCAGCGCCUCGACGCAGCUCGAAUCGCUCAAGAAGGAGCUCAAGAGCGCGCAGGACCAAAUUUCGAGCAUCCAAAAGGAGCGAGCCGACUCGCUCAAGAAGGUCGAAGACCUCAACAAGCAGCUUGCCAAACUGCAGGAAGACCACAAGGAGGUGAGCUCUUCGCGAUCUCAAGGUCAGGAGGAGCUCGAGAAAUCGCGGAAGCAAGUCGCCUCCUUCGAGGUUAAGGAAAAGGAAUGGUCUGCCAAGCACAAGGAACUGGAGGAGCUCAAGUCCAAAGCCCUGCAGGAAGCGGCUUCUCUGCGCUCCGACGUCGCCACGCACAAGAGCGGCAGUGAGACCACAUCGAAGGAGCUCGCUUCGGUCAAGGAACAGCACGCGAAGAGCGAAGCAGACCUCAAGGCAGCCAAGCAGGAGGUCGCGAAGGUUACCGCAGCGCAGACAGAGGCGGAGAAGCGCAUCAAAGAGCUCGACGCUCAGCUGACAUCAACCAAGUCUGAAGCCGACAAGACUCGAGAGGCGCUACAAAGUGUCAAGUCCGAGCUUGACGCGGAGGCCAAGGCACAUUCUGCAGCCGACGGCACUGCGAAGGAACGUCGAGCAGACCUCGACAAGGCGGCAAAGCAUGCUGAGGAGCUCGAGGCGCGAGCCAAGUCCCUCGCCGCCGACCUCGACAAAGCCAAGGCGGACCACAAGCAGGCUCAACAAGAGACAGCCGAACGACAGAAGAGCCUGGACGCUGCCAAACGCGAAGCAGCCACCACUGGCGACGAACUGAAGAGCGUCACGACUAAGUUCAACGAGUCUCAAGCAGCCUAUAAGAAGCUCGAGGCGGACAAGGCAGAGCUCGACAGGACCGCGACAGGGCUUCGUAAGCAGCUCGGAAACGCCGAGAAGAAGGCCGAGAGCUCUUCUGCCGCGCUGGUCAAGGCGACCAAAGUCCACGGCGAGGCUCUUGCUCAGAAGGACAAGGAGCUGGCGCAAGCGCAAGAGCAGGUCGAGGCGCAAAGCAAGCAACUCAUCACCCUCGAGGACAAGAACAGUAGCCUGCAGAAGACUUGCGACCAGCUCCGUGAUCAGAAGGACAAGCUGCACAUGGAGCUUGAAGCUUCCAAAGCGGAAGCUGAGACGCACAAGUCUGCUGCAGACGGCAAGGCUAAAGAAAUCGAGACACUCGCAGCCAAGGUCUCGACCACAGAAGCGAACUUGGCCAAGUCGACAAACGAGGCUGCCACCGCCAAAAAGCGCAUUGACGAGCUUCAGAAGGAAGUGCAGGCUACGACCAAGGAUCUGGAAGCGGCUCGCAAAGCAUCCGCAGCAAACAAGAGCUCAGCCGAGCAGAGCCAAGCACAGGUCAAAACCUUGGAAGCGAAGAUCAAAGAUGCAGACGCAGAGCUUGUGAAGGCCCGUGACGAGAUCAGUGCGGCACGCACGCAAGUCACUCAGCUCAAGGACGAGCUUGUCAGCAAGGCGAAGGCACUCGAGACAGCGAUGGCAGAUGCGGCAGCCAGCAGAGCAUCCGCGGAGGAGCAAGGCAAGGAGAUCAAGACGCUGCAGGGCAAGCUCAAGGACUCCGAGGCCAAGUUGACAAAGGCCACGCAGGAAGCGACAUCAUCCCAAGCCAAGGUCAAAGAGCUACAAAUCGAGCUGCAGGCGAAAGCAAAGGAGCUCGAAACCAAGUCGAGUGAGGCUGACAAGCAUCAUUCGCAGGCGCAGAGCUUGUCCAAGCAGCUCGAAGCAUCCAAGCAGCAGCACACGGAGCUGUCGAGCAAGCUGAAAGACCAGGUGUCGGCCAACGAGGAGCUCACCAAGGCACACAAACAGACAAGCGCCGAUCACGCGACUGCACAGUCGGAGCUCGAGAAGCAACGCGCCUUGCUGCAAAAGUCUUCCGAGGACCACGAGCAGGCUCGCAGUGAGGCUAAGCAGCUGAGCGAGAAGCUGCAACAGGCUCAGGCCGAUCACGAUGGCGUCAAACAGACAUGGUCGGAACUUACUGAACGCCAUAACGUCCUUGUCGCCACUCACGACGAGCACAAGAAAGCUGCCGAGGCACAGGCCAAGAAGAUCGAAGCAGCCACGGCGAAGAUCGCUGACCUCGAGACAAAGCUCAGCGAGUCGAGUGCUGCCCGCGACGAAGUUCGUGCCGAGCUGGCAGACAAGGUCGGGCGAUUCCAGGAACUCGAGAGCAAGCUGCAGGCAGCCGAGGCCGAGAUCAAGACGCUCAGCGAACGCGCUAUUUCCGGUGACGAGGCUCUCAAGAACAAGCAACAGGAGCUCGAUGCUCUGACCAGCCAGACCAAGCAAGAUGCCGAAACGCUCAAGCGUCUCGAGAAGGAGCUUGCAUCUGCCCAGAAGUCGGCCAAGGACGGAACGCUCAAGCACAAGGCGGCUGUGACAUCGGCCGCCAAACAGCUCGAGGCGAUCAAAGCUGAGCUCGAGAAGGCCAAGGCCGAGCAUGCGGAGGCGAUGCAGAAAGCCGCCGAGGAGCACGAGUCGGCCGCAGCCGAGGCUGCUGGUCAGAUCGAUGCUGUCAAGGCCGAACUCGAGAAAGCGAAAGCCGAGCAUGCCGAUGCUUUUGCGAAAAUCAGCUCGGAGCGUGACGGCGCGCUUUCGGCCGCCGAGAAGCGGGUCGAGGAUAUCAAAGCUGAGUUGGCGAAAGCCAGUGAAGACCAUGCUGCGGCGUUCAAGGCCGCAACUGACGACCACAACGUUGCUGCUCGUGGCGCCGCCGAGCAGAUCAAGGCGCUACAGGCUCAACUCGAGAAGGCCAAGGCUGGGCAAGCCGAGUCAACUAAGGCCGCCGAUGAGCAGCUCGCAGCACUCAAGUCCGAGCUUGCCGAGGCCAAGUCGCAACAUAACGCGUCGAUGGCAACGGCGAGCAGAGAGCACGAGAGUGCGGCUGCAGCCAGUGGAAAGCAGCUCAAGGAGCUGCAGGCGGAACUGGAAAAGGCCAAGGUCGAGCAUGCUCAGUCGGCCAAGACUGCCAACGAGCAGCUGGAGGUCCUCAAGGCCGAGCUUGCCGAAGCGACGUCGCAGCACGCCGCAUCGUUCAAGAAGGCUACCGAAGAGCAGAAGUCCGCGGCUGCGGCCAAUUCCAAACAGCUCAAUGCGCUGCAAGCAGAGCUUGAGAAGGCCAAAGCUGGUCAUGCCGACUCUGCCAAGGCCGCGAAGCAGCAGCUCGACUCUCUCAAGGCGGAGCUAGCCGACGCCAAAUCGCAGCACGCUGCAUCGCUCGCCGAGGCGUCCGAUGAGCACAAGGCUGCAGCCGAGGCCAGCACCAAGCAGAUUGAAGGGCUGCGGACCGAGCUCGAACAGGCGAAGGCGAAGCACUCCGAGUCAGCAGCCAAGCUUGCGCAAGAGCAUCGUGCCGCAUCCGACGCGCUUGGUGCAGAGCGCAGCAAGCUCAGCGGCGAGCUCCAGAAGCUGCGUGAGGUGCAUGCCAAGGCACUCUCCACGCACACCACAGAGCUUUCGGACAUGCAGGAGAAGCUCAGCGUGGCUGCUGAUGAGCACAAGCAAGCGAAGGAUGCGCACAGCAACGAGAUCAAGGCGCUCAAGGCGUCGCUCGAGAAAGGAAAGAAGGAGCGCGACGAGCAGAUGGCCGCGCAUACCCGCGAGAUGCUCGAUCUCUCCAAGGCGUUCGAGGACACGCGUGCCGAGAUCCAGCGCAAGGAGACGGAGCUGGAAGAACACUCGCAACAGCUCAAGUCGGUCCGAAGCACGCUUGGCCGCACAGAAGAGGACCUCAAGAAGCGUCACGAGCACGCCGAGACGCUCCAGAAGCAGCUCGAAGAGGUCGGUCGCGACCUGGCUGCACGCAACGCGCGCGUCGAGAAGCUGCAGACCGACCACGCUACUUCGCUGGAAGCCAAGACCGAGGAAAUUGCAUCCGUGCGUGCUGCGCACGACGAUCAGCUUGCGUCAGAGCGCUCGCGUCUCGAAGCUUCUCUGGCCGAUGUCCGCACGGAGCUCGCCGGGGCCAAGUCGGAGCUCGCCGAAGCCACAGAAAAGCUGGCCUCGAUGGAGCAGGACAAGUCGGCGUCUUCGAACGAGGUGGGCAAGCUUUCGGCCGAGGUAGCAACGCUCAAGAAGAAGCAUCUGACGGCCAAGUCGUCUGCGGAAGCUGCCAAGAAGGAGAACGCCGAGCUGCGCACGCAGCUGGCGGGCAUCCAGAAGCAGGUCGAGGAGCUGCGCUCGGGCAGCGACAAGGUACGAGCAGAUGGCGAGCUACAGACGGAGGCGCUGCGGUCGGAGCUUGAGCUGGCGCGGGUGCGUGCGCAGGAAGCCGAGGCGGAAGCGGCGCGGGUGCGCGAGGAGCUCGAGACGAAGCGCGAUGCGGUGCAGGUGGACAACACGAGCGUCUUCAGCAAGGAGCAUGUGGACGAUGUGGUGCAGGCGCACGAGCUGGAGCUGAGCGCACUCAGGUCGCAGAUCCGUAAGCUCGAGGCGAGCAUGUUUGAAGAAACCGACAAGGCGCACAGAGCGACCCGCAAGGCGAUCGAGCUCGAGGAACGUCUUCGCUCCACGCCUGGCGCCGACGCUUCGACGCCAGCGGGUAAGACGAAUGGUGCCGGGCGCAGUCACAAGAGGAGCGCGACUACGACGCAUGUGCCGUCGCUGUCGCCACUGGCAGAGCGGGAAGUGGACUUCGCCGAACCUACACCGUCCGCUUCGUCACCGACGGCGCCGACGAGGAGGGGCAUUCGAACCAUCACCGCAUCCGAACUUCCACUUCCAGCAGCACAGCGCCACCGACGCAGGGAGAGCUUGCAGAUGCUCGCUGCGCGCAUCGGCGAUGCCCCUGCAACUUCUCCCACCACCGAGUCGGCUUUACCCCAGGUUCGCUCGGUCACGCUCGAGAGCAAAGGUCACACGCCGUCCAAUUCGAUUGCCCACGCCACGCCGCUGGCUCUCGGCGCCGACGCUGACGAAUCGCUGCGCUCCGCUCAACGCGUCCGCCCGCAGUUCGCCAACGACGAAUUGCUUUACUGCGCAUGCUGUCGCGACGACCUCAUCAUCGUCUAA